CACUGAUUGGCAGCAUUGAUAGGUGGCACUGAUUGGCAUUGAUAGGUGACGCUGACUGGCACUGAUGGGUGACAUUGAAAGGCAGCUCAGAUGGGCACUGAUAUGUGGCAUUGAUGUGCACUGGUAUGCACUGAUAUGUGGCCCUGGCACUGAUGAGCACUGACAGGUGGCACUUCUGGGGCCACACUGAUCAUCAGGGCACACUGAUCAUUAGUGCCCUGAUGAUCACUGUCAGUGUGACAGCUCGAGAGGAGAGAAAUGCCGAUAACCGGCAUUUCAGUGUUUACAUGUGAUCAGCUGUGAUUGG